AUGAUAAUUCUAGAGCAGGACCAUGUUCGGUAUCUCCUUUACCAAUUGCUGUGUGGCUUGAAGUACAUUCACUCAGCCGGUGUGAUCCACCGGGACUUGAAACCAGGUAACAUUCUUCUUAAUGAGAAGUACCAUCUGAGGAUAUGUGAUUUUGGGCUCGCUCGGGUUCAUGAGAUGGGAUUGUCUCAGAUGACCCCUCAUAUCUCUACGCUCUACUAUCGCGCACCCGAAGUAAUGAUAACAUGGAAGAGAUAUGAUACUGAGGUAGAUAUCUGGAGCACUGGAUGCAUACUGGCAGAGAUGCUUGCCGGGAAACCUCUAUUUCCUGGGAUUGACAGUACCGAGCAGCUUGAUAUGAUUACCGAGCUGCUCGGGUCGCCGUCAACUGAGGCUGUUCGGGGCAUUGGGAACGAGGACACCAAACGUGCACUAGAAAAUGUACCGAGGUGGGAGCAUCAGACUCUACACCAAAGAUUCGAGUACGCAGACCCGCUAGCUGUCGGUCUUCUGGAGAAGAUGCUCCUCUUUGAGCCUCAACUGAGGAUAUCUGCGGAGGAGGCCCUAAGGCAUAACUAUAUCUCCAGAUACCACGAUCCAGUCGCCGAGCCCGUUGCUGAACGGAUAUUUGACUGGUCAUUCAACAAUGACGACCUAACAGUUGAUGCCUGGAGAGUUAAGAUGACCUUUACGCCCGUUCACCGACGUAUUAACUCCCUUAAUUCCCCCGGGGGUGAAUCUUGCACUAACAAUCUCGACAUCCGGCCAGUAAAGCCUCAGACAGGGCAUUCCUGCUGGAUGAUAAGCGACUGCGUCUCCGACGAAUCCCUCGUCGACCUCCUCGAGUCUGCUCCGAUCCUUCACGAUCUCGGCCAAACGACGGUGGUGCGAUUGUCCAAGGAUCUCGUUUUAAAAGGCGGCGGCGAUGUGCUGCCUUGUGAGGCAAAGGUGCUUCAACUAGUUGCAUCAAAGUCCAAUAUUCGAGCUCGUCGUGUCCAUCGGUCUCUCCAUUUCAUGGACGACACGAAAUAUUUUGGCACCAUGGGAUAUAUUGUGAUGGAUUAUAUCGACGGUGAACCGCUUGAUGGCUGCUGGAGAGAUCUCAGUGAUGAACAAAAGAUGGAUGUCGCGAGGCAGACGGCCCAGAUGAUCAUUGAAAUGCAGUCCAUCAAGCUAUUGGAGCCAGUGCCGGGACCUUUCAAGGACGUGGCCGAAUUCGAGGGCUGGUUCAACCACAAGUUGGACAUCUGUAAAACAUACAAGCACGCGCCGUCAGACCUUGCGCCCUUCAAGUUCACCGAGUUUGUUCUCACCCACCAGGACAUCAGUCCGCAGAAUCUUAUUCUGGGCCGAAACGGCCUGGUGUGGCUCGUGGACUGGGCAGAUGCGGGUUCGUAUCCCCCGGCCUUCGAAAUGGCAGCUCUAUGCUCUCAGUCUCAGUUCAUCGACUUUAUUGACAUGGUUCUGUCAUUACUCCCGCGAUACCCUUGGAAGAACAGCAAUUAG